AUGAUGUUUCAGAUAAAAGAAGAGAAAGAAAAACAAUUCUUCCUAACUGAUGAUGAUGGAAACAUCAUACCCGGAACAAACAGAACACCGGUCGGAGAAGUUAAAAUUAAAAAAAUUGAAGCAUCAGGAAAUUACGACAUCUUGUCACUCGCGCGUUCAAUGAACGACAAUUUUGCAUCGAGAACCAAAGAGUUAUUUACCCCAGAGGUGGAAGCUGUUAAAGAAGCUAUCAAAACAGGUAUAUAUGUUGCAUGGAGACCAAUAGAUAAACCUUGGAACCAACAAGAUUGUCAACGUGUAUGUUCCACUUCUCGUUGUUUUUGUGGACACUCUUUAAAUCAACAUGAAGCGUUUUCUGUGAAUAAAGCAUUCCCAAAGUGUAAUCAGACUGGGUGCUCAUGCAAAGGGUUUAAGUUUGUUCCCAGUAGACCAGAAGAAGUUGGUGAAUUUUGGUUAACUAGACGCAAUGAUUUUGAUGGUAAUUCGUAUCGCGUUAAAUGCAAGUGUAAGCAUACUCAUGAAGAACAUGUGGCUGAUCUCGUUCCUUAUCGAUGUAAAGUUAAAAGAUGCAACUGUUCGGGAUUUUCAUCAGCUUUCCUUUGCGCUGCAUGUGACAAGCACUGGCAUGAGCAUCAAACAGUUUUUGAAACUGAAAUGGAACGUAAAGCUGAAGGACGUCCAGUUGGUGAAGGAUGGAUUCCAUUUGCUGAAUUACCAGAAUUAGCUAAAAUUGCACUGACUGGUGUAGAUAAUCCAGCUAUUCAAACAUUAACUGAUGCUUUGUCAGCAAGUUCUCGUCAAAGUCUUCUAGAAAAACAAACUUUACCUGCUAUCUCUGGAUCAAAAGAUUAA